AUGACUGUUGAAAAGAAGACUACAAUUCUGGACAAUGGAGAUGGAUUGUUUAGUACUCAUGUCGUGUUGGAAGAUGUUCAAGAAGUGAUUGGAGAACAAAUGAAUACAAAAGCAAGACUUGGAGAGAAUACCAAGUAUACUGUAGUUGGAGAUGGCAAUGGCUUCAUGAGCCGCGUGAUCCUUGUUGAACCUGAUUGGACUGUCACGGAUGAUCAUCUACCAUCCAAGUUCGUCUUGAAAAUCACAUCCUGCAUGCAUGUCCACGGACUUGUUGAGACAAUGAAAGCUAAGAGCCCAAAUGCUCUCUCUCCCGAGCAUGAAGCCGCAUUGUGGGCAAUGUUCGAGACAGAGGCUCAACAAUUGCAUAAUCGUGAAGUGAAUCUUUAUAAAAUUACGGAGAAAUGGAACAAGAAUGAUGUAAUGCUGAGCCCAAAAAUCUAUUUCUCGAAGAAAUUCGAUGAGAACAAUAAAACGAAGGGAUUCUUGGGAAUGGAGUUUGUCAGUGAUGUGACCAUCAGACAUCUGUAUGCAAAUGCCAAGCCACAUGAGUUGCAUCCAGUAUUGAGAUCCCUCGCUACACUUCAAGCGGAAAGCCUUCACUUGACCGAUGAAGAAAAACAAAGUAUCCAUGGAUUCGAUUUCAAGCAACUCAUGGGAAGCAUGAUGAAUGAUGAUGGAAUGAAGAAUAUUUACGCGCAAACUCGUGAUAUCAACCCGGAGAGACUAACUGAAAGAGCCAAUAAAGUCGAGGCUUUCGGCUUAGAUGUUGUUAAUUUCGAGCUUGCUUGUCAUCUCAACAAGUAUAUUGGCAUUGAACGCGACGUCCUGGUGCAUGGUGACUUGUGGGCAGCAAAUAUUUUGUGGAAAGAAGAGGAUGAUGGAAAAUACUCAGUCAGCAAGAUUAUCGAUUACCAGCUCAUCCACAUGGGAAACCCAGCUGAAGACCUGGUCCGUCUCUUCCUCUCAACCCUCUCUGGCGGUGACCGACAGGCUCAUUGGGAACGACUCGUAGAUCAGUUCUAUGAGUACUUCCUCGAGGCUCUAGGAGACCGGGAAGUUCCAUAUACCAUCGAACAGUUGAAAGAGUCUUAUCGUCACUACUUUGUCACUGGUGGUCUUAUCAUGAUGCCAAUGUAUGGCCCUAUUGCACAGACCAAGCUGUCAUACUCAACUGACACAGAAAAUGUGGAGGAGUACCGAGAAAUUUUGACUGAAAAGGCGGAGCAUCUUCUAGAAGAUUUGGAACGUUGGCAUUUGUAUAGCAGAGAUUUGACGAAGAAUCAUAAGGAAGCUGAAACAUCAGUAUAG